AUGGCUGUACGACACACUCGCCGACGAUCUAUGGAAACAAUGGAUAGACACGGAGUCGGCGAAGAAGGCCUUCAAAAAGGGCGGAUAUUUUUCAAAGAAAUUUAGCGAUACAUUGAAAGUGGUUGUACUGAACAACAAUAUCUGUCAGAAUGAAAACUAUUACAUCGCUUACGAUCCCAUCGAUCCGGACGGACAGCUCCAGUGGCUCAUCGAUGAGCUCAAUAGUGCCGAAACUGAUGGCUCGUAUGUUAUGAUAUUAGGACACGUCCCUCCGGGCGACUGCUAUAUCGCGUGGAGUAAUAACUACUUCCGGAUUAUGGAAAGGUAUCAACACUUGAUUGUGAGCUCAUAUUUCGGUCACACACACAAUGACGAGAUCGUUGUCUUGUAUAACAAAAACCAUGAAACCAAUGGCACGUAUGCCGUCUCUCACGGCUAUAUCGGCGCUAGUCUUACCACAUAUAACCUCCUGAAUCCUGGUUACAGAAUAUUCACAUUAGAUAGUAAUGGAAAACCUUUAGAUUGGGAUAUAUUUUAUACUAAUAUAACUGACGAUAACAUUAAAGGCAAAGGAGUGUUACCGAAAUGGCAAUCAGACACGUCUGCCAAACAGAUCUAUGGUAUGGACUCUCUGUCCACCGAAUCGUGGGAUCAGUUUAUGACGAGAGCCGAAAAGGAUGACCGACUCGUCGAGCUCUAUAUCAAUCAUUACCACCGAUUCAGUGAUGACUACAUCCAUGAAAAGACCAAAUCAGGCGAAUAUAACAUCAAGAAUAAAAGAGACACUUUGCUUAACAAACGGACUCUAAAUCCUAUUUAUUCUUUAUUACCGAAUAAUAAUAAAUAAUGUGAAGAAUUUAAUAAAGAUUUGGAUCAAUUGAGAACAGAAUUGCAUCAAUUUGUGGCCGAAGAAGACAGACAUUUGUUUGUUAACUAUGAUAUUUUGGAAACCAUUCAGUUAUUGAAUAAUUUGCGAAAUGACAUUUACUACCAAAAGCAUGAUAACCAGACAUGUCAUGACUGUGUCACAGCUCUGACCACAGCUAAACUGAUCCUAAAAACACCUGAAGUGAUCAAAUCGGCCGCAAAGACCAUAUGCUCGACACCGGGUGUGAAGGAAACAGAGCGCGUAUGUGUCGGCACGUUAACCAUUAUGUCUGAUCCGGUUGUAUAUAUACUUCAAAAUUCAACGAUAACUAUCCCAGAGAUGUGUAGCGUUUUAUUAGACCCUCAAUGUAUGCAACACUUGGGAUUAUCGGUCACACCAGCCGUGAAUUGGGUCUUACCGUUGCCUAAACCCAAACCAUUUAACCCGAGACCCGACUCCGGGAAACAAAUGAAAAUGUUGCACAUGACUGAUAUUCAUCUGGACCUGUAUUACACUCCCGGUUCUAACGCCCUGUGCGAUGAGCCCAUGUGUUGUCGGUCCACAUCUCACGGACACAACAAUUCGGCCGGUUAUUGGUCUGAGAUGUCGGGCGUUUGCGAUACUCCCCUAUCCUUUACCGAAGAGGCCGUCAAACAUAUCGGAAACAAUCACAAAGACCUGGAUUUUGUGAUUUGGACGGGAGAUAGUGUACCACACGAUGAAUGGAACAGUUCUAAAACGGGAAAUCUCCUUCAUAUCAACACAACAACCAAUUUGGUUAAGAAAUACUUUGAUGGAAAAAGUGUUUUCCCAAUUAUUGGUAAUCACGAGCCCUGCCCUUUUAAUAUGUAUGUGCCAAAUGAGGUGUCCAUCAAAUCAAAUGGUCAAAUGUCGUUGAGCUGGUUAUACAACACUCUGGCCGACGACUAUUGGUCGCAAUGGAUAAACACUGCGUCCGCUAAGAAAGCAUUUAAAACAGGCGGCUAUUACUCUAUACAACUCAACGAUCGGUUGAAGAUUGUUGUCCUAAACAACAACAUCUGCGGCGGACGUAACUAUUGGGUCGCUUAUAAUCCGGUCGAUCCGGACGGACAGCUCAAGUGGUUUAUUGACGAAUUGGACAGCGCAGAGACUCAGGGAAUACACGUUUUGAUAUUAACUCAUCAGCCAAUGUCUGCAUGUUAUCAGUCGUGGGGAAACAAUUAUAUGAGAAUUGUUGAGAGGUUUGCGAAUGUAAUAGUGAGCACAUAUUAUGGUCACACACAUUACGAUGAGAUACAAGUGCUUUACAACAAAAAUCCCACCACUAAUGAGACGUAUCCCAUAUCACACGGUUAUGUCGGCUCCAGUCUCACCACUUUCAGUCGUCUGAAUCCCGGUUAUAAGAUAUUCACAUUGGAUAGCAAUGGUAAAGCAUUGGAUUACGACUUAUACUACACUAAUAUGACGGCCGAUAACAUCGCCGGCAAAGAUGUGAUUCCCAAAUGGACUUCAGAAAAGGCACUGAAAAAGGUCUAUGGCUUGGAUUCAUUGACAACCGACUCGUGGGACCAGUUCUUGACAAAAGCCAAAACAAAGGACAAACUCUUACUGAAUAACUUGCGGUCAAAUAUAGAUCAUGGAAAUCACACUAAGCAAGCAUGUUAUGACUGUGUCUCAGCUCUAACCACUGCCAAACUGGUCCUCAAAACACCGGAUGUGUUGAAAUCGGCCGCAAAAACCAUAUGUAAGACACCGGGUGUUGUCGAACCAAACCGCGUAUGUGUCGGCACAUUAAACAUUAUGUCCGAUCCGGUCGUAUAUAUACUUCAAAAUUCAACCAUAACUAUCCCAGAGAUGUGCGGCGUUUUAUUAGACCCCCAAUGUAUGCAACACUUGGGAUUAAAUGUCACUCAAGCCGUGAAUUGGGUUUUACCGUUGCCUAAACCCAAACCAUUUAACCCGAGACCUGACUCCGGGAAACAAAUGAAAAUGUUGCACAUGACUGACAUUCAUCUGGACCUGUAUUACACUCCCGGGUCUAACGCCCUGUGCGAUGAGCCCAUGUGUUGUCGAUCCACAUCUCACGGACACAACUAUUCGGCCGGUUAUUGGUCUGAGACGGCGUCCGUUUGCGAUACUCCCCUAUCUUUUACCGAAGAGGCCGUCAAACAUAUCGGAAACAAUCACAAAGACUUGGAUUUUGUGAUUUGGACGGGAGAUAGUGUACCACACGAUGGUUGGAACUGCUCUGUAGAGGAGAAUCUCGAACAUAUCUAUACCACAACCAAUUUAGUUAAGAAAUACAUUAAUGGGAAAAGUGUUUUCCCAAUCAUUGGUAACCACGAGCCCUACCCUUUCAAUAUGUAUGUGCCAAAUGAGGUGUCCAUCAAAUCAAAGGGUCAAAUGUCUUUGGGCUGGUUAUACGAUACACUCGCUGACAAAUAUUGGUCUCAAUGGAUAAACACUGUGUCCGCGAAAACUGCAUUUAAAACGGGCGGCUAUUACUCCACACAACUCAACGAUCGGCUGAAGAUUGUGGUCCUAAACAACAACAUCUGCAGCGGACGUAACUAUUGGAUCGCUUAUAAUCCGGUCGAUCCGGACGGACAGCUCAAGUGGUUUAUUAACGAGUUGGACAGCGCAGAGACUCAGGGAAUAUAUGUCAUGGUUUUAGCUCACCAACCAUUACAUGAAUGUUAUUUUUCGUGGGGACACAACUAUAUGAGAAUAAUGGAAAGGUAUGCGAAGGUAAUAGUGAGCACAUAUUAUGGUCACACACAUUACGAUGAGAUACAAGUGCUUUACACCAAGAAUCCCACCACUAAUGAGACGUAUCCCAUAUCACACGGUUAUGUCGGCUCCAGUCUCUGUGCGUUCAAUCAUCUGAAUCCCGGAUAUAAGAUAUUU